AUGGAGGUCUUGGAUUCUUGGAACAUUAGAGUAAUAACUUCUUUUUCAUUUGAAUGUAUAGAACUGCUACAUCAUGCUAGAAAUAACAUAAACAAGUUUGGAAAGAUCUAUGUCAUAAUUUUAAAAACAAUUUGGAGAUGGAAGAGGCAGUUGGUUUCGAGGGAAGAACAAAGGGAAUGGGCUGAACUCAAUUGCAUCGAAACUGUUAGAUUGUCAGUUGAUUCCAAGGAUGCUUGGACUUGGUUGGGCGACGGGUCAAGGAAUUUCUCGGUCGAGUUGUUAAAAAAGAUGAUGGUCAUGGACAAUGAUUAUAGCGAAAAUUAUGUGAUCGAGUGGUGUAAAUGGACGCCGCUUAAAUUCAAUAUUUUCGUGUGGAGGACUGAAAAAAACAGGAUUCCAAUGCAUUCGGCGCUCAUAAGAAGGAAUGUGAACCUGGAUUCGGAUGCUUGUGGGUUAUGCGAUGAAGGCUCUGGAUCUGCGGAGCACCUCUUUACAGCAUGCGAAGUGGUGUCGCGGGUUUGGUUAUUCAUAGGUAAUUGGCUCAGGUUACCUCCGAUGCUUAUUUUCUCCUUCAAAGACCUAAUGGAAUUCCACAGAACUUCUAAUUUGGGUAAGAGGGAAGCGGAGAUAGUGCACGAUAUAAUAAUAACAGCCUGCUGGUGCGUCUGGAAGGCUAGGAACGAAAAAGUAUUCUCCAUGAAAGAGCCCUCGGUCAAUAGCAUUAUCGGGGAGAUAAAGUCGUUGGUUUUUUUGUGGUUAAAAUACAGGUCUAGAUAUAAGGAUUUAAGUUGGGUUGACUAG